CGGUUCCUACCUUCUGAGUUGUAUCUGCCCCGUUGCGGUUCCCACCUGAGCUGUCUUUUCUUUUCUUGUCCAGAACCAGAAGCAGAGUUCGCCUACAAGACCUCCUUCUCUCGUGUUUAACCUUCUCUUCCCUUUCCAGCAAUCCCUUCUAUUUUUAGCAACUCUCUCUCUCUCUCUCUCUCAUGAGAACAAGAUAUGAGAAGCUGAAAAGUGGCUGCUCUGAUAUCCAUUUAUAUUGCGUGGCGAAGAGAUAAAUUUCUGGAUAUCUUGAGCAUAUUUGAAUAUUUUAUUGAUUUGGGUAUUCAUGAAGUUGAGGAUCAUGAAGAUUUAAAGAGAACCCAUUUGAAGUUUGGAUUAUUUUUCAUUUGGGUCUGCUUAAUUAGGUCGAUAUCUUGUAGAAUCGGUCAAAUUCAAUGAAAAGAUGCGGGCUUUCUUCUGGUUUUCGGGUUGUCUAGUGCAAUGGGGUGGAAGGUGCGAUUCAUUGGUGGAAUGAGCAUAACAAGAUGAGCUAAGUGUUUAAAAAUGGAUACAAAGGAAGAUGCCGAAGUGCACGAAGAGCGGCCUCCGUCGCCGAUGUGGGCAUUGCAUCAUUUAUCCGAGGAGGCAUUUAGAGUGGCCGGUGAAGCACUGCAUAAUGUGUACUCCGGUCAUUCAAACUUCCCACCAAUGGGGCCGGAGCAGGGACACAGACGCAGUCAGAGCGAAGUUGUGACUAAAGUUCACAGACGUAAUAGUAGCUUUCAGAGAUUGAAGAGUCAGAUGCAGAAGGCCUGGAAAUGGGGUAGCGAUUCUCGUGAAGAAGAUUACCGGCGGAGCUUCAAUCCUGAGGUCUUGGCGAACCACAAACGCCAGUGGUAUCAACUUCAGUCAAAAUCUAUGGGCCAUGUAAAAUAUAAGGAGCCUACCUCACUCUUUGAGCACUUUAUUAUUGCUGGGCUUCAUCCAGAUGCUAAUCUUGAAGUUGUGGAGGAUGCAUUUGCUAAAAGGAAGAAAUGGGAGUUAGAAUUGGCAAAUUCUGAGAUAUUAGACGUUAAAAUGCUGCAGCAUCGGGAGCCUCCAAUUCCAACCUUGGAACCUCAGAUACUAUUUAACUAUCCUCCUGGAAAGAGGUUAGCAAUGCGGCCAAAGGAUCUAGCUGCCUUCUGUUUUCCUGGAGGUGUUAAGGCACGUUUGAUAGAGAGGACUCCAUCACUAAGUGAGUUAAAUGAACUUGUUUAUGGACAGGAGCAUUUAAGCAGAGAUGAUUUAGCAUUUAUUUUUUCACUUAAGGUGGCAGACAAUGCAACACUUUAUGGUGUUUGUUUACAUGUUCCUGAAAUUGUUCAGAGGUCACCUGGUAUCUUAGGCUUCUCAUCACCUCUUUCUCAUCCAUCUGGAGGAUGCAGGCGUUUUUUGGUUUCUGCACCUCGUUGCUACUGUGUGCUUACAAGAGUUCCUUUCUUUGAGUUACACUAUGAGAUGUUGAACAGUAUCAUUGCACAGGAGCGUCUGAAUCGAAUAACAAAGUUUGUUAGUGAACUGACUCUCACUCAUUAUGUCCCUUCAGUAACCAAAUUACAUGAUCAUAUGAAUGGGAAUGUUGACUCCCCUGAGAGGGAGUCUUAUAGUCAUUGGAUGGCUUCUGCUAUACCUGUUGACAAUGCACUGGCCCUUACUGCUGCUGCUGCAGGAAUUAUACCUGAUGAUGACAUCCCACCCUCUUCAUUAAAGAUAUGGGAACCUCAGUCCCCUGAAAGUGUUACCGCCAGUGAGGCUUCAGAUUUGAGCCAAGUUAGGGAAAUAGACAAAGAUGGUAGUAAGAAUUCACAAUGUUUUGAUGAGUGUGCUCUUGAGGCCUUGGAAACUCGUUCAGAACCUUUGGAAAGAAUGUGGGGUUCCUAUGAAAAUGAUCAAACUUCUCCGGAGGUAGGGACAUUGUUUUCCUCUAGGAAUCUCGCACUGGAGCGUCUUGGGAGUUCUGAAUCCCUAUUCAGUCCAGUUAGAAGCACCGCAUCGGAGGAUGACGAUUAUGAAAGUUUUAUGAAUUGUGAAAGAGUUUUUGGAGAUGACUUAAUUAUGGAAUGGGCUAAGGAGAAUAAAAAUGAUUUGCUCCAGAUAGUUUGUGGAUAUCACACUUUGUCUCUCCCCACACGAGGAAGUGAAUUAGUUUUCCAGCCUCUUGAGCAUUUACAGCCUAUUGAGUAUAGGCGACCUCCAGUUGCUUUCCUUGGCUUACAUGAAAAUAAUUUAGAUUCGCUUGACGCUUCCGAGGUUAAUGCAAAGUUGGCUGCUGCUGAGGAUGCUCUUGCACUAUCAAUAUGGACAACUGCUACAAUUUGUCGAGUGCUCUCCCUUGAAAGUAUUUUGGCAUUGGUUGCAGGAGUAUUAUUGGAAAAACAAGUGGUAGUAGUGUGCCCAAAUCUAGGUGUUCUAUCAGCUAUAGUGUUAUCUCUUGUUCCCAUGAUUCGGCCAUUUCAGUGGCAGAGUUUAUUUCUUCCUGUUCUACCAGACAAGAUGCUUGAUUUUCUUGAUGCUCCAGUUCCUUAUAUUGUUGGCAUAGAACAUAAACUUGCUGAUCUGAAGAUGAAAACUUCAAAUCUUGUUCGCGUUAAUGUGCUCAAGGACCAGGUGAAGAUGUGUCACUUGCCAACACUUCCCCGGCGCAAAGAGCUUGUUUCUGAACUGGGGCCAAUCCAUGCUAGACUGUCGCAUGAAAGUUCAAUUGCUAAAAUGCAUCCUGUUUAUAGGUGCAGUGAAGUGCAGGCUAAAGCAGCAGCUGAUUUUUUGAAUGUCAUGAAGCGGUACUUGGAGUCACUUUGUUCAGAUCUGAGAUCUUAUACAAUAACUAAUGUACAAUCAAACAAUGACAGGGUUUCUUUACUUCUUAAAGAUAGCUUUAUUGAUUCCUUUCCUAGUAGAGACCGACCAUUUAUCAAGCUCUUUGUAGACACACAACUGUUCACCGUUCUAUCCGACUCUCAUUUGUCCAGCUUCGAGAACGGGUACAGUUAACUUAAUCCUGUUGCAAUUGCAAUGCAUCAGUUCAAAAUUCCUAAUUGCAGAUGAAGAUCCAUUAGACUUUAUGAUUAAUUGAAGGAUAAUGGUUCUCUUGCUGUUGGUGGCGACCCCUCAACAAAUUUUGUCAAAUCUAACAGUUUUGGAGCCAUUGACUGUGAACUUCCAUAGGGCUGAAGAUUGUAGCUGUGACUUUGUAACAUAAUGCUUAAAGUACAAUUGCAAAUACCACACGCCAAUAUCCAUUGUACUGCCUAGCACAAGGGAUCAUUACCCUCAUCUCUAUAGUGGAUCUCAUGUUGAACUUAUUAUAUGUUUGUCUCAAUCCAAAAUUUAUGUAAAUAACUUACUAAAACAGUUUAUGAGGAGAUGCUUUUAGGUGAUUACAUAAACUUUGUCU